AUGAUCAAGAAUUUAUCUAAAGGUAACUCAGGCAUCCAACAGAUUUUGAAGUCUCAUUCAAGCUUAUAAGUAAAAAAAUAUUUUUCUACUUCUUGGAAGUGGGAACAUCUUAAUUUAUGGGAGAAGCCAUUGAGUCUAAAAGAAAGAGCUCAAGAAUCAAGUAGUUUAAAACAAGAAUUAGAACAAAAAUAGGUUUAGGCAAAUAACUCAUAAGAGGAGCUUUAAUUAAGUGAACCAUUGAGAACAUCUCAUUAGAUCACUUUAAAGCAAUAAAUACCCAUUAAUAGCAUCAAGGAGUACUUCAAUUCUUUAGUUGUAAAAGAAAAAGGCACAACAAGCUUUGACGAUUACUUAAAGCACAGAGCUUAAUUAAAGUUAUUGAACUAAGCAAAUAAUUAGCCACAACAAUAGCAUCAGGUAUAACAGCCUUUACAGUAACAAACAAUAACAAAAUCAAGCUUCUCUACCCAAACAGCUUAAGCUUAUGAAGAGCUUAAGUUAUUAGCAAAAAAGAGGGGAAUGACAGUAAGUCAAUUUGUAGCUUUAUCAAACCAAAUGAUAAGAACUUUGAAUUGUAAGUCGACUUUUGAAGAAAGAAAAUCUAACUAUUCAGAUGAUUUAAAGAAGGAGUUUGAGGAGUACACAACAGAAUAAAUAGCCUAGAUUCUCUCUUGCCAUAUAGAAAUAGGUGGUAUGUCUGAUGGUGCUCUCUCCUCCUAAGUGCAUAGACAUUUGACUCAUGCUGCCAAUAAAACUGGAGUCUUAUCAAAUGCAGGUGAAGGAGGUGUAGAAGAAGAUAGACACUAAACAAUCGAAAAUCCACUUAUUAUUUAGUGCGCAUCUGGCCGUUUUGGAUUCGAUUUAACCUCAAUUAUUGAAGCUGAUGAAGUAUAAAUUAAAUUAGCAUAAGGAGCUAAACCUGGUGAAGGAGGCCAUUUACCUGGUUCGAAGGUAUCUUUAAGAAUUGCUGCUAUCAGAAGAGCAAGAAAAGGAACUACUUUAAUCUCACCUUAACCUUAGCAUGAUUUAUAUUCUAUCGAAGAUUUAUAUUUACUAAUUCAUGCUUUAAAGAGUGUAAAACCAGGAAUUUAAGUUAAUGUAAAGUUAGCAUCAGAUCCUGAUGUUGCUAUAACAGCUCUGGGAGCAGUCAAAGCUGGAGCUGAUAGAAUUACCAUAGCAGGACAUAGCGGUGGUACUGGUGCAGCUAAAAUAAGCUCGAUCUUUAACACAGGUAUGCCAUGGGAGUGGGGGGUUGCUCUUACUCAUUAGAUGCUUGAUGCUUACGAUUUGAGAAAUAAAAUACAACUUGUUGCAAGUGGUGGUAUUGUAAACGGCUGUGAUGUUGUAGAAGCUAUUCUACUUGGUGCAGAUAAAGUUGAAAUUGGUACUUCAGCUUUAGUAAGUUUGGGAUGCAUUAUGCUUAGAAAAUGCCAUUCUCCUAGAUCAAUUUCUAUAGAUUCUCUUAUUUAACCAUUAAAAAAGAGCGCUGAAAGCAAAAAUAUAGAUGUCAACUUGUUAGCAAGAAUGGUUUAUGAUUCUUUGUGUGAGGCUGGAUAUGUUGAAGUGUCAACAGGCGCAGUUACUUUAGAUUAUUAAGAAAUGGAAGAACGUCAUGGAAAUUUGAAUGAGUUAGGUUUAGAAGAAUCAUUAGUCGAAAUAUCAAGAAAAGUAUUAGAAAAUGCAAGUGGUGGAUGUACAGUUGGAUUGAACACACAAGAUCCUUUAUACAUCAAAAAAUAUGAAGGUACUCCAGAAAAAGCUUAAGAUUUCUUGUUUAUGAUGGGACUUGGAGCUCUUAGAUAUAUGAAUGAAAAAUGUAAUUAAAAAGGUAGUUUGUAUAAGCUGAGAGGCAGAGCUAAAGAAUUUCUAUAAAGCAACAGAUUCUUCUCUGAUAUGGAUAUGUUACUGGGUAAAAUACAGCUUAAAGCUCAAAAAGGAUAUAUUGAUACUUUGCUUUAAAUUCCAUCAGAAAAAGACAUCAAAGUAAUUGAGAGAAUUCAAAGUCAUAUCCAAGAGCACAAAAAUUCUUCUGAAAUACCACCACUUCUUAUAAAUGAUAUAUCUCUCACACAAUCUGAUGUUUCAUUUGGAGCUGCUAUUAGUGGUUAUUGCUAAUAUCAUAACGUUAAUUUCCCUAUUAAAAUACAUCUCCACUCAAGUCAUUAAGUUGGACCAUAGAAUUUUGGCUGCUUCUUGAAAAAUAAUAUAACACUUGUUAUUGAAGGUAGUUGCAAUGAUCAUGUAGGAAAAGCUAACUCAGGAGGAAAAAUUGUUGUUAAGAAGAAACAAAAUAACUUAAAAGUAAUUGUAGGUAAUUCUAUUGGAUUCGGUGCUACUUGUGGUGAAAUGUAUAUAGAUGGAUGUUCUGGAACUAGAUCUUUUGUUAGAAAUUCAGGAAUGGAAGCUGUUGUAACUGGCAACGUAAAUGAUCAUUUCUGUGAAUUUAUGACAAGAGGUAACGUUGUUGUUUUAGGAAAAGUUGGUAGAAACUGUGGAGCAGGAAUGACUGGAGGCUACUUAUUUUUGAACUAUGAUAUUGAGUAAAAUAGAAAAAAUGUAACAGGUAAGAGAUUCUUAAGCUUAGAAGAGCAUAGUGAUGCUCGUGACAUAUUUAAGAGGUUAGUUGAGAAUUGCUACAAAGAAACUUAAUCUAAAGAAGCUAAGCAUGUUUUGGAUAAUUGGUAGGAGUCUGUCAAAAAAUUCAAGUUCCACAAUCCAUACAAUUUGAACUUUUUAUUGGAGUCAGACUACCUAAAUAAAAGUAAAAAGGAAAAUACAUAUGAGUUAUUUGCCAGCGAUUCUGGAGUUGGAGAAUCACUAGCUAAAUUGUUUAAUAGUAAAAAAAGAUAAACUCCCUUUUCGUUUAGAUUUAAUGGUGUAGCAGGAAACGACUUUGCUUCGUUUUGCCCUCCUUAAUGUAAUAUGAUUUUCGAAGGAUCCAGACUUGGAUAAUUUGUUGGAUAUGCUAGUAAAGGAAAUGUUGUAUUGAACUAAAAAUCAGCUGGUAAACUUAGUGGCGCAUUUACUGGAAGAUAUCCUUUCAUGAGAUCAAGUGCAAACAUUUUUGUUAAAUCUGAAAAUGAGCUGGGACACCAUGCUCUUUUUCAAUUUAAUGGUACUGCAAUAAUUACAAAUACUGGCGUUAACUGUUGCCAUGAGCUCAGAGAAAAUGCUAAAGUAAUUGUGUUGGGAGAGAUUGGACAUGGGUUUGCUAAAAAUGCUCAUCUUUAAAGCACGAUUAUUGUUAAUGUAAAUAAAGCUGCUAAUGUCAACGAAGAUAGCUUGAAAUAGUUAACAUUUUAAUAAUCAAAGUGGAUCCUUGAGUAUUUUAGAUAAUUUUCUAAGCUAAUUCCUCAUAAUUCUCCUUAAGGUACUACCUCUAAAAAGUCGUAAUAACAUAAUAGUCAGGAAAAAGAAAUAAUUUUCUAAAAUGGAGAUCUAGUUAUUUAUAAUGACACAAACAACUAGUUUACAGAAUUAGAAAAUAUCAAAAUGAUUGAGAAGCAUUUUAGAAUGUUUAAUCACGAAAAAGACUUUUACAGCUAUAAAAAUAUCAAAGAGAGAGAGAAAAUCAUCAAAUUAGCUAAAAAUCUUUUAAAAAUAUAGCAAUCUGCUGGAUGGAAUUCUGAAAUUUAAACUUGCAUAGAAUCUAUAGCAAAGAGUGGUCUUGAUGAAAUGACUUAUUCGAUGGGUGAUUAACUUAACUUUUAAGAUAGGUUUAUGAACUCAGGUUCUAGUACUAAUUUUUAUGGCUUAUUUAGAUAGCCAUUUGCUUAAGAAACUCGUCCACCUGUAGAUGCUGACUCUGAAAGCCAGUUUAUCAACACUGACAUAUAUAUAAAAGCUUAUUCCCCAAAUGAAUAUAAAGAAACAUACUACAAAUUUGAUCACCCAAUAAUUAGUUCCAGCUAAUUAGAAUAAUUACUUCAUUAAGUAAAUCCUAUUGAAGUAGAUUUAAGAUGUGAUGUCUUCGAAAUACAAGUGGCUGAGACCACAGUUGAAGAGAAAAUUGAUAUGAUUUUGAAGCAAAUUAGAAACGAAAUAGUUGUUGGUAAUAAGAGAGUGAUUUUAUUUACCCACAGAUUAGGAUCAGAAUCAGAAUCAAGAACUAGCGAUCAUAUAGAAACAUAAAGAGAUGACUCUUUUAACGAUCAGAUGCACUUGGAUUCUUGGGUUAUUAUUGGUUUAAUAAGACAAAGACUAAAAAAAGAGGGAUUAGUUGAUUUCGAUGUUAUUUUGGAGACAGAUGAACCCAUUGAUCCUCAUUCUUUAGAUGUACUUUUAAAUGUCUGUGGUGUUAAAUUAGUCUAUCCAAGAGCUGUUGAAAAACACUUCUCUGUUCUAGCAAACAGAUAUAAAGAUUUAAGAGGAGCAACUUAUACCAGCCAAGAAUUAUGGAGAAAUUAUGCUAUUGGAAUGCAAAAAGCUCUGAAGAGAAUUAUAGCAAAAGAUGGUGAUGUUGAUUUAAGCACUAGAGUUUACGCAUAAACUUACACUUGUUUAUUCCUCCAAAAGAAGUUGGCAAAUUAAAUUGGUGUUGAAUCUUUCUUUAGUGCUGAAGCCCUAAAUCUAGGUUUUAUUGCAUCUGUUUUCUAAAAUCGCUUUAUGGGAACAAUUAAUGAUGGUAUAUUAAACAGCUCAAAUCUGUAAUCAAAUACAAAAAUUGAACAGGAUUUAAACAAGGGGAAUAUGCUCAAAUCUAGUAAAAAGUUUUAACAUUUGUGGGAUAAUAAGAGAGUUGAUGCUCUUUAGACUAUGAUUGCAAAACCCUCUUUAGAUUCUUUCUUUGCUUACUUCGAAAAAUUAACAAGAGUGAACAUUAGAUAAAACUUUAAAGAUAGACCUCAUACUGUAUCUGUUGCUGUUAUUGGAGCUGGUCCAGCUGGUUUAGAGACGGCUAUAUAAAUAUCAAAUAAUUAUCCAGAAGUUGAUGAGAUAGUACUUUUUGACUCUUACUUUGCACCUGGUGGAAAAAUUAUUGAUGCAGUUGCUCCUGAUCACCCAAUCACAAAAAAAUAAUUAAAGAAUUUCUCUAUUUUCGAACAUGAAAAAAUUAAAUUUGUAGGAAAUUCCUAUAUCGAUUAACGUCGUAUGAGAUACAUUUAUGAACAAUUCAGUGCAGUAUUUUUAACUCAUGGUGCAACUCCCCGUAAACUUGCUGAAAAUAUUUCAGGAAAAGAAUACGUCAUUUCUGCAGACGAUGUUGUUAAAUGGUAUAACUCUAAGACAGAUAUGAAUGAUAAUAAUACUGAAGGUAUUCCAUUCUACAGAACUGAAAAGGCUCAUCCACCUUGCCCUUUUAGCAUCCCAGAAACAGAAUCGAUAUCUAUAAUUGGCGUUGGUAAUGUAUCACUUGACAUAGCAAGAAUUUUAUUAAGAAACCCUGACGAUGCUAUAUUAAAAGACAACAUCACCACUUAUGUAUACAACGAACUCAAGCGCUCCAGAGUAAGAAAUGUCACUUGUAUUGGCAGAAGAGAACCGUAUGAAGCUAAGUUUGGAAUGCCAGAGCUGCUUGAAUUAAAAGACUUAGCUGAUAAUGAAAAAUAAUUUUAAUUAGCUGCUUAAUUUGAUUUAUUAACAGCUUCUGCAAAUGUUGAAAAAAUCAAGCAAAAACUUAUUAAAAAGCAAUAGUCUCUUGCAUAAUUAUAAUCGUAACCAAAACAAAAGGAGCAAUAAGAUCAAGCUGAUUAACUUAAAGAAGAAGUAGAAGAACUUGAAAAUAGAAUUUAACUCUUUGAAUUUUUCAAGCAAUAUCAUAAAACUCCAGAAUAAAUAAAUGAAAUGAAACAAAAUUCAACUAUUAAGUUUAUUAACUUUAUCUUCAAUGAAGAUAUUGAUCCUGUUAAAGGAUUUGAAAAAUAAAGUGGAACCAACAGAGUCAUGGGACAUUUCAUAUCAGGCAAUACAAUUGAAGCAGAAGCUUUUAUUGCAUCUUUGGGCUAUUAGCCUCAUAUGCCUGUUUCAAAUAUUCUUUAAAUAACACCAUCUGGUUAAACUGGAUUUUCCACUCAAAAAUAAGCAUAAUAAUCUCAAGCUGGUACGAUUGCCUAAACACCAACUUAUAUAGUUCCAAACCUUCUUGUAGCAGGCUAAGCUAAAACUGGUAUCGGCACUAUAGGACACACUAAGUCAGAUGUGAAAACACUAUUGAAAAACUUUAAUGCAGAAAACUUACAAAAAAAGCCUUCAGUUGAGGGAUUCCUCGAAGAUUACUACUAUAAAUAGGGAGCAGUGUCUAAGGAUAUAGUAUUGCAAAUCAUGCAAUCCUUAAGAUCUCACUAUACUUAAAAGUACAUCACUCCAAGUGUGAUUAAAAAGCAUAUUGAGAAUUAUAGAAAGCUUUUGUUCAUGUAACAAUAGGCUGAUAAAGGAGCAACUAUUACCAAAUAAUCUGAUAUAUAAAACAAAAAUGUCCAGCAAUCUGACACAUCUAAGUAGCCUAGAAAAUUAAAAAUCUUAUAAGAUCUUAAUGACAGUAAUCCUAAAGAAAUUGAGCUUCCUAUUUCAGAUAAAAGUUUGAGAGAUUGCCUUAAUAUAAUGUAAGGUGAUUGCGAAUCAGGUAGUUGCGGAGGAUGUUUUGUAUUCACUCAAGAUCCUGUUGAGUAAUACGAAUAGGCAGAGCAAAAAAUAGCAAUUUCAAAGGGUGGUUUAAGUGCUGAAUCUAUUCCAAAAGAGUGUAAAGCUAUCCUCAGUUGUUAGCACACUGCCAAAGAUUUAAUGAGUGAUAGAAUCACUAAGUUGAUAUUAUCAGGAUCGAAUCGCUCAGCUUGCGGUAUUGGUGUUCACAAGACUAAAUAAUCUUCUAUUGAAUUUGUUUAGAGUGCCGUUCGUCACUUGAAAGACGAUUUAGCUAGAGGAGCAGGAGUUAGUGGCUACGGUGAUGGAGCUGGACUUCUUUUGAAAAUAGACUGGGACUUUUUUGAGAGUUAUGGUGGUUUCUCCUAAUCAAUUUUGGAGAACUUUGACGAAAUUAAAAAAUCUUUAGCGAUUUGCUAAGUAUUUAUUAGAGAUAAUAAUGAUAUAAAAUUAAUAGAAGAUAAACUAACUCGCUAGGGUUUGGCUGUAAUUCAUAAACGUGAAGUCAUUAUAAACUAAAAGAAAUUCAUUUUAGGAGAAGCAAGAUAGCAUCCUCUUUCUUAUUAAUUCUUUGUAGUGCCUCAAUAACCAAAUACACUUGAUAAAAUUAUAUAAAAGAUUUAACAAAAUCCUCGUUCAGUUGUAACAGAAACAGAUGCACUGGCCUCAAUCUCAACUAAAUACGUGUGCUAUAAGUUGGCUUCAUUUGCUUCAGAAAUCGAAGCAUAUGAAGAUUUGAACCCUAAAUACGGCUACAAAGCAGAUACAAUUCUAACUCAUACCCGUUUUGCAACAACUACUUUAUAACCUAAACUGACAGGAAAUGUUGCAACAGCUGCAAUCAAGGCUCACCCUUUCUAAAAUUUAAUCCACAAUGGUGAAAUAGUAACAAAGAGAUCAAUCAUUUCUUAUCUUGAAAAGAACUCAGAAUUGUUUAAGGAAAAGGGUAUAUUAAUUGAUAGAGAAGAGCUCAUAAAAUGCAGUGAUUCAUAUGUUCUUUAAAGAUACAUUCAAUGCUUAAAAUCGCUUUAUCCUGAACUGUCUCUUGAAGAUAUUAUACAUAUGAUCACACGCUCAACAAGAGGAGAUUCUUAACUCUCUGAAUAUGCAAGGGCUAAAGGCAUGCCUUAAGUGUGUGGUCCUUGCAAUCUUUCAAUGUAUGAUGAAUACAAUGAUACACUUGUCUUUUUCAGAGACAACAGUGGAUUUAGGCCAGCUAUCUUGGUAACACAAGAAGAUUAAAUUCAUAUAGUUUCAUAGCAAUAAUGCUAAUCUCUAAAUGACAAGGUCAGUCUUCUUGAAGAAGGCUAAAUCUAUGUAAUAAAUAAUUAAAAUGUAUUUAGAGAAUAUACACCCAAUGACACUAAAGUACCUAAAAAUUUCCAAAUUAAGACAUUACCAUCUUGA